AUUAACUGUAUCUGAUGUUGGAUCUAGUGUGUGAGUGACCGUUUGUCAUCUACCAUGCAACUGGUGAUUUUUACUGUUACUAUGAUGUAUUUUUCAUCCAUAGUCUGUAAUGAACCCACAAUAGGACCCUUCCCAAAGGCAGUUUUGAAGGAAUGCACCACAAAGACAAACCGGUGGCACUGGUGGAGACGUACAAGAUCACCUAAUACAGAAGUUCUUUCAGAGGAAACAGCAGCAAGAAGAGCUCUACUUAGAAAACAGCGAGUAAAGCGAACCAAAUUUGCUAUGCUGCUAGCCUAUGUAGGACAGCGAUAUUUUGGCUUCCAGAGAAACCCUGGUGUAAAAACUAUUGAAGAGGAUCUGCUAUUAGCUCUGUUCAAAAUUGGAUACAUUAAUGAAGAAAUUCUAAACAACCCCAGACUAAUACGAUUGGAACGAGCUUCUAGAACAGAUAAAGGAGUAUCAGCCUUAGGCCAAGUUGUAUCUUUAAAACUACCUGUAAAUGCAAGUCUUGACGAUAUUAACGCUCACCUGUCACCAGAGAUCCAAGCAGUAGCCCUAGUGAAAGUGACUCAAGGUUUUAGCAGUCGCACCUACGCCAAUGCUCGGUCAUACUCCUACACUAUGCCGACCUAUGCCUUUGCUCAUCACACCACAGAUUCCUCCUCUUCCUUUCUUAUGUCAGAGAAACUACGAGAACGGAUCGAUGCAAUUCUCAGGCUGUUUGUGGGUUUUCACAGCUUUCACAACUUCACAGCAGGAAAAACUCCUCUAGAGUCCAGUGCCUUUCGAACCAUAAUUGAUUUUAUCUGUGGGGAAUCAUUUAUAUUAGAUGAUACUGAAUUUGUGACUCUAAGAAUAAAAGGUAAAAGUUUUAUGCUGCAUCAAAUCCGAAAAAUGAUCGGCUUGGUAAUUGCCAUCAUGAGAGGACUUGCAACUCCGGAAACAUUGAAGAAAUCCUUAGAACAUACUGUAUUAAACCUGCCUUUAGCACCCAGCAUUGGACUUAUGUUAGAAAAGGUUCACUACAUGCAUUACAACAGGAAGUAUGGGAGAGAUGGGAUUCAUGCUACACUUCACUGGAGCAAGUGGAGAAAAGAAGUUGACUUGUUUAAGAAGAAACUAAUCAUGCCAGUCUUAAUAAAGGCAGAGAGAGAGAAAUCAAUGCUAACUUGGCUGGACCAACUCAAUUCCCACAACUUCACAACUCAGUGAUCAGCUCAAUACCUCAAUGGUAUUAAAUUAACGAUUUUUGUAAUUUCAAUAAAUUGGUUUGAAAAUUAAAUGGUUGUUUUGAAGUAAA